AUGCAUUUGGCUUGUCAAAAAAAUUUGGCAACAUCAAAACUCAGUGGUAAUGGCCAAAAAGAUCCUAAUCUGCCAUUACCACUGAGUUUUGGUGUUUCCAAAUUUUUUUGACAAGCCAAAUGCAUCAUCGCAAAAGAACAAUUUUUUUUAUUGCAUUUGGCUUGCCCAAAAAAUUUGGAAACACCAAAACUCAGUGGUAAUGGCAGAUUAGGAUCUUUUUAUCAAAAUUUUUUUCUGGCAGACCAAGAAUGGCUCCUUAGUGGGUUAUUCUUGGUCAAUUAG